UGUUUUCAUCUUUCACACAAAAUAAAACAAUCUCCUGAUUUCUUGCAUUUUCAUUAUUUUUCAGACUGAAUACAUAUUCAGAACACAAAGACUUAAAAUGGUACAUGUGGUCUUGCUCAAAAGUCAAGCUCAAAAAUUGCACAAAAGAGCUAAAAAGAAAAAUAAUUAAACUGUAAUUUAUAUGCAUUCAUAAAGUCAACAGGUAAUCUUAUAAUCUUGUCCAAGUUUAAGUGUUAGAAAAAUAAAUGCAUUUUAACACAUUUUGCCAUACCAAAAGUGGACGUUUCUGUAGAAUGACCCAUAUCGUUGUGUAAGGCAAGGCAAGUUUAUUUAUAUAGCACAUUUCAUACUCAAAAGUAAUGAACAGUAAAGUGUAAUGUACACGAAGACAUGAAAAAAAAAUGUAAGUCCAUUAAUGAAGAUGAGUGUAAUAAAAUUGAAAGGAAACAGGAAGUAUUGAACACAUCUGAACACCUUCAAAUGUAUUCAAUACUUGCUUGUGGACAAAUAUGUCCCCGUAUCAUCAUGGUGAUUAUAAGAGACUGUUUCCUACAGGUGUGUUAGACAUGGAUCCCUUGUUUCCCACCUUGUGCAUUUUAGACACAAGUGUGCCACAAAAUAGGCAACAAUGCCUUCUUAAGGCUUCAAAGGAGGCCAAGGCACUGGCAUCCCGAAACACAUGCUAUAAUAGAAAGACAGGCCAGGAUAAAAAGACAGCUUGUGAGGAAGCCAAAAAGAGAUGUCAGCCCAUUACCUUGACUCCAUCAGAGGUGCAGUACCUUGGCCAGCUCCAGAUUACAUUUGGAAAAUACAACGGCCAAAGUUUUAAAUGGCUGGUGGAGAACGACGUUGGCUACAUUAAGUAUCUGCUUGAUAUGCACAUAAAAGAACGUCGCCAUCAUGAAAGAAAAGCGAGCCCUGACGAGUGGGUGAAGGAUCUCCUGCUGAGGUACGUGCAGCUGUUUCCACAGGUCUCCUGCCACCUAGAGAUCAAUGUGGACAGGGCUAUUUAUGGGCAGGGCCGCUUCAGGUCAUUCACAUUCCAGGAGAUGUGGCAGUGGUACAGCCUGCACAAGUCUCUUCAGGAUGACCCACAAGCCGGGACCGACCAUGAAAGGAAAAUGGCAAAGGAGGCGCACUGCUCUGUGCAGCAGUGGCUGGUGAUGAAGGUGGAGGACAUCACCACCAAGUCACUGAAGCGCUUCAGGCAGUACAUUCUCGACAAAGAGAAACCUCCACAGGACAGGGACCCUCCCGCAGCAGCUGCCAGCUCAUCAGGGUCCAAAGGUGAUGGUGGCUGGGCGGAUGACGCUCUGCUGGUGGAAGCUCUCACCUCCUUUGAAAGACAAGCAGCUGGGGAAGCUGUGGGUAGAAAAAAGUCGCCAGAAAAAGGCUCCCAUCCGGAUCUUCCACAAAAGCCAUCCACAGGCUACAUUUCACCGUAUGCUGCUCCUGCAGCUGCUCCUGCAUCAGCUCCUCCAGCAGCUCCUCAGCUCCUGCAUCAGCUCCUCCAGCAGUUCCUGGAUCAGCUCCUGCAUUAG